AUGAAAUUUCCAAUUUUUCUACUUUUUUCCAUUUCCGAUGCUUAUCUUGGUGGAAUUUUUCGACCAGGAAGACUUACAGUACCCUUCGCUACAGUACCGUCUACAGUAACCUCAACUACAGUACCCGUAACUAUUGAGCAAAUUUUUGAGCAGCCAAUUCGAACUCGAGAAUCAGGACAACUCGCAAAUUCGAUGAGAAUUGGAUAA